CUUCGAACGGAUGUGAGUUUACCCGAGCGUGGCGGCGACAGACGUGACAUUAAGCCAAGUUGUUAUUUGAGCUCGCUGUUUAGUCGACGAAACCGGAAGUAUUAUACACAAAAGUCUUUCAAAAUGAACGUUAAGCUUUUAGCCACGAAGUUACCGUUAAACUGUCGCUGUAAAUCAGUCUAUAAACCUCGACGACAGACUUUGAACUUGUUACAUGGCAGCACGUAACUAGUCAGCAGUCACAGCCUGUCCUCUGCCAUAUCUGUUUGUUUUCAUUGCUGUCGAUAAAAACUGGCUCAACCCGUUGUGAAAUAUAUUUGGGCAGAAGCACAUCCAUUUUAUUAAUGAGCCAGCAUUAAAUCCCUGUGGCAAGGUAACGUCAACCCCUACCCAUGCCCACUCACCAUUGCUUGUUUGGUACCACAGAUAGCUUUGCAUUAGCACUAGCUAGCUACAGCUGUCACACAUUUUGAGCAGAGCAUAUGUAGUUAUCCCACCUUUUUUGUCUGACAUAAAUCUUGACAAAUUAAAACAGCAUCAGACAUAGCAUCUAAAUAAAGCACAUUUUAUAAAUGGUCUUUAUCUCACACUGUAGCUGAAUUAUUGCUUAAAUUACACUUUAUUCUUCCCUUUAAUCUCAACUGGAGCUCCUAACCUGCUUCAUUAGGGAUCAUCCCUGUGUUCCCAGGGUCCUAGUCUAGCCUUGUGUUAGGUUUUGAGCAUGUGUCCCCUAAUGUAAACCUACUUUGUAAGAGAUUGGUAAGGGCUAUCUUCACAGUUCAAAUCACAAAACAAACAAAAACAAAGGAAGAUGGACAUUUCAAAUGCAGUUUGAAUCAUAAAAAUCCUUUCAGCCAGUGUGGAGAGAUAUUGGUGCCUAAAGUCAAGAACGCUGUUCUGCCUGCAAAUUUUAGGGCGCAGGUUUCAAAGGUUUCAUUUGACCAUGGACAAGACAUUGCUGAUAAAACGAAACCCUGGAAAGGUCUCGUUUAAUGUGCCAAAUUAAGAGAAUAUUUAGCUCAGGAACCAUAGAUACACUCCAUUUCAAUCUUAUUAUAGCUUAUAAUGCUGCUGUUGAAUGGCUGUCCCUCUCAUCCCUGACUGUGCAGAUGGAUAGAGAAGCAGGCCCACUGAGUGGUGGCAGACAGAGGGAAAAGAAAGGAUCCUACAAAGACUUAUUAAUGAACGUGGAGGAGCUGGCAGAACCAAAUUCGGAUUUUGAGGAAUGUAGCACCAAGAGGCCUUUCAAGGUGGACUCUGGGGCUGUGCUGGAACCAGAAGGCUCAGUCAACAAGAAAAUCCAUAUCUCAGUGGUAAAUGGUAAUGGUGGAGCUGAGCCUGAGCUAUAUGGAGAAGAGUCCUCUGGCUUCCUCCGUGAUUAUCCAGUCUGUGUGUCACGAGACAGAUGGGAUGCAAAAGAAGGGGAAGAGGAUAUCAGAGACAAGUUGUUGCAUUCAUCUUGCACAGCAGAGGGCAGCAUUGAUCAGGCAAGCUCCAUGUCAGACUACUGGGUGUAUUUAGAUAACCAGCACAACAAGGCAGACUGUCCUGUAUCCAGGACUCUCACCCCUCCUGCCACUCCAGUUACCCACAGGCCUCGUCCGUUCUUACCUUUUUCAAGUUCAGUGACAGCCAUUGCUUCUACAGUGACCUCUGUAGUUAAUCCCAUGAUGUCUAGCCCCAUGACUGACGCCUGUAGUCCCAUCAGUUCUAUGUGCAGUCCCACAAGUUCAGCCUGGGACACUCUCAGAUCCACAUCCAGGAGUCCUGGCUGCUCUGCCCGGGAUCCUGUCAGUGCUGCGGCUCACCUACACCUGCUGGGGGAAUCCUUGUCCCUCAUUGGCCACCAUCUUCAGGAGACAGAUAAAAUGAUCAGUAUGUCAAGUAGUCUGUCUCUGCUCUUGGACUCUCUGUUGUGCGCCCUGGCUCCUCUGAUCUGCCUCACAGCACAGAUACCUGAGCUGAGGAGCUGCACUCAGCACACACUGGCCUCUGCUCUCGAAAACAUUGCCUAUGUGAUGCCCGGGUUGUGAGUGAUGAUGAAGACCACACCAGCAGCACACAGCACCUUCUGUUAUGCUGAAAGACACUAUAGGUCAGUUUACACUUGGAAAAUAAGUCUACAGUCUAUUUUGUUAAAAAAGAAUAUUUGUUUGCACUAUAAAAAAUAUUUUUGUUUUAUCACAAAUAUACCAAUUUACUGUAAUAUGUUAUUUUCUUUCAUUGAUUGUUUGAUUUAAAGAUGUGUAAAGACUGUAUUAUGUAACUUUUUUGACCAGGUACCUCUUGACUUUGUCACUGGACACAUUAAAAGUGUCAAUUUCUGUUAUUCUGCUUUACAGUGGAGUUGAUCAGGCAUUACAUAGAUUUAUUACAUAGUCUCCUACAUGUUCUUACAUUUGUACUCAAAUAUAAAAGUUGAAGAAUCUACAAAUUUGCAGAAGUUAAUCUUAAAGAAUAAAACUGGAUCGAUAAUACAAUGAACAAUGAUAAAUGUGAUUGCAUAUGACUAGGUAUCACAGAAGCCUCUAGUUCAAAUCUAAAUUAGGUCAUGAUUUAUAGGAUAUGUACAUCCAAAUCUGCAAUACUGCAAAAUGAUUAGUUCAGGCUAAAUGGACUGAUGAGUCAAAACCUUAAAACCACCAACAGGUGAAGUUAAUGACAUUGGUUAUCCUGUUACAAUUAGGGCUGCAACGAUUAGUCGACUAAUCGAUGACUAAUCGACUAUUAAAAUAAUCAGUGACUAUUUUAGUAGUCGACUAAUUGGUUUGAGUCUUUUUUCAUAGAAAAGUACUAUAAAAGUACCCCAAAAUACUCUUACUGCAGCUUUUUACGUUCAGAUAUUGGCAGCUUUACACACUCUCCCGUGACAGUGAACUAAAACCUUUUGGCGUGAAUAUGAAACAAGACAUUAGAUGACAUAAUUUUGGGGUUUGGGAGAGACAGACUGACAUUUUUCAAUAUUUUAACACAUUUUUCGAUAAAAUAAUUAGUUGACUAAUCGAAGAAAUAAUUGACAGAUUAGUCGACAAUGAAAAUAAUCAUUAGUUGCAGUUACAAUGCAGUGUUCCGCUGGGAAACCUUUCAUCCUGGCAGUCAUGUGGAUGCCACCUGUCAUUCUCCUUCCAUGCAAACACCAUUGCAGACCAAGUACAACCCCCAAUGUCUUGGUGCCAGACACCACAGGACAACCACAGAGGUCCUGUGUCCAUUCCUUUACAGGUCAGAGGCAAGUCCAAUCUAGAAAGGCCCCACCAUGGAUCAGACUUGGAUCUGGGGUACCGGCACAUCUCUAAAAUGCUCAGUCGCAUUGGGAUCUGGUGAAUUUGGAGGCCAGUUUGACACAUUGAGUUCUUUGCUACCUUCUUUGGGCCAUUCCUGACCAGUUUUUGCGAAGUGGCAUGGUGCCUUGUCCUGCUGGGGGGGCAUUGUCAUCAGGGAGUACUAUUGCCACGAGGAGGUGUACUUGGUCUUCAGUAGUGUUUGGGUGGGUGGUGCAUGCCAAGUGGCAUCCUCAUGAAUGCCAGGGAACAAGUUUUCCCUGCAGAACAUUGCACUGUAAUGAGAUCAUGCAAUUCAUUUCUCCAGUCAGUGGUUUAAAUGUUGUGGCUGAUUGGUGUAUAUAGUUAGAGAGCAAUUUUAAUUUUAGUUUUACAGAUCAUUUGACCACAGGUUAGCACUUAAGUAAUUACCUGUGAAAUGUUAUUGUAAGGAAAUUUCAUAAUGAGGUCAAUCGUCUGUCUCUAAUUGAAGUAAUAAUUCAACACCUGUGAUCUUAUUUAUCUUUUUUUGUAGAUAAUACAAAAUGUACAGUCCCCAUAGAAGUGACUCUUGAGGCUUCAGUGUCUUCAGAAGCUAUGUAGGAUGAGACUGUUGAGACUGGUUAAUGCCCAUCUGUAUGACGUACAAUAAAACCAAAGUCAAGUUCCUUGUUGAAUAACUGACC